GAGGUUUCGACACGCGGAAUCACUGCUAAGAAGUGAUCGUCAACAUGACUUCGUGGACCAUGUCCUUCGCAGUUUUCGCCGCUGCUGUCUUCUGCUGUACCACGCACACAGAGGCUUGUGCGGGCGACCAGCUCCGGCCAAUGGGUCCGUACCAGAUCACGCAGCCACGAGUGUGGCCCCUGCCGCUCACCAUCAACCUAGUGCAACCGGGGGACUACGGCCACCCUCUUGGACACCCCCUGCAAGCAGUGUCUCCCGCGGAAGUUGACCGCAUCGUGGCGCUACACAACGACCUUCGAAAUGACCUUGCGUCAGGAAACAUGGCUGGAUUUCCAUCGGCAGCAAAUAUGCUCCGCCUGGAAUACGACGGAGAGUUAGCAAAGCUGGCACAGAUCCACUCACAAAGCUGCCAAUUUCAGCACGGGUGUGUUGGAUGCGGUCGUAUUGACAGAUACUUGGGCCAGAACCUGUUCUUGUCUCCUCGGGGAAACUGGGAACAAGCAAUCAUGACGUGGUGGAACGAGCACAGGAGGACCAACAGCUUCACGAUCUACAAUUACCAAUUUUCUCCGUUGAAUGGACAUUUCACCCAGAUGGCCUGGGCGAAAAACAUCAAAAUAGGAUGCGGCGCCACUGAUUGCCAUCAACUCGGAGGUGCACGAUACAUGGUCUGCCAUUAUAUUCCGGGUGGAAACAUGGUGGGCCAACCUGUUUACGUACGAGGAACUCCCUGCUCCCGAUGCCCGGAGCUCUCGUCGUGCGAAGCGGGCACUCCAAGCCUAUGCCGUAUCACCGGCCUCAACAACCCAGCCUGGAAUCGAUCUGUUUCAAAGGAGGAUUUGGCCCGGUACAAUUUCACCUGGAACCUGUACAACACAUAUAAACCUUAAAUAAUUUUAUAUCCAGACGUGUACACAAAAUAAAAAGCGAAAAUAAAAAGAAAUAUAUUGUCUAACCUACGACGAAUCGGA